CCGCCCAGCGCCGCACUGAGCCGCCCCCGCCCCGCCCCGGCCCCGGGGGAUGCGCCGCCCCGUGCCGCUGCCUUCACCGCCGCAGCCGCAGCCGCAGCCGCAGCGGACACCGAGCAGGUAGAUGGCCCACCAAGGGCAGGCCCUGCGGACACCUCUCCGUCCGGCUGGCGGAUGCAGUGCCUAGCGGCUGCUCUUAAGGACGGAACCAACAUGAGUGGGGGAGGGGAGCAGGCCGACAUCCUGCCGGCCAACUACGUGGUCAAAGAUCGCUGGAAGGUGCUGAAAAAGAUCGGGGGCGGGGGCUUUGGUGAGAUCUACGAGGCCAUGGACCUGCUGACCAGGGAGAAUGUGGCCCUCAAGGUGGAGUCAGCCCAGCAGCCUAAGCAGGUCCUCAAGAUGGAGGUGGCUGUGCUCAAAAAGCUUCAAGGGAAGGACCACGUGUGCAGGUUCAUUGGCUGUGGCAGGAACGAGAAGUUCAACUAUGUGGUGAUGCAGCUGCAGGGCCGGAACCUGGCUGACCUGCGCCGCAGCCAGCCGAGGGGCACUUUCACGCUAAGCACCACACUGAGGCUGGGCAAGCAGAUCCUGGAGUCCAUCGAAGCCAUCCACUCCGUGGGCUUCCUGCACCGUGACAUCAAGCCGUCCAACUUUGCCAUGGGCCGGCUGCCCUCCACCUACAGAAAGUGCUACAUGUUGGACUUCGGGCUGGCCCGGCAGUACACUAACACUACAGGAGACGUCCGGCCCCCUCGGAAUGUGGCCGGGUUCCGGGGGACUGUUCGCUAUGCCUCGGUCAAUGCCCACAAGAACCGGGAGAUGGGCCGCCACGAUGACCUGUGGUCUCUCUUCUACAUGUUGGUGGAGUUCGCAGUGGGCCAGCUGCCCUGGAGGAAGAUCAAGGACAAGGAGCAGGUGGGGAUGAUCAAGGAGAAGUACGAGCACCGGAUGCUCCUGAAGCACAUGCCAUCUGAGUUCCAUCUCUUCCUGGACCACAUCGCCAGCCUUGACUACUUCACCAAGCCUGAUUACCAGUUGAUCAUGUCGGUGUUUGAGAACAGCAUGAAGGAGCGGGGCAUUGCUGAGAAUGAGGCCUUUGACUGGGAGAAGGCGGGCACCGACGCCCUCCUGUCCACAAGCACCUCCACCCCACCCCAGCAGAACACCCGGCAGACAGCAGCCAUGUUCGGAGUGGUCAAUGUGACACCGGUGCCCGGGGACCUGCUUCGUGAGAACACUGAGGAUGUGCUACAAGGCGAGCACCUGAGUGACCAGGAGAACGCACCCCCGAUCCUGCCUGGGAGGCCUCCGGAGGGGUUGGGGCCUAGUCCCCACCUUGUGCCGCACCCUGGGGGUCCCGAGGCUGAAGUGUGGGAGGAGACAGAUGUCAACCGCAACAAGCUGCGCAUCAACAUCGGCAAAACCCCCUGCGUGGAGGAAGAGCAGAGUCGGGGAGUAGGGGUCCCCAGCUCCCCAGUGCGUGCCCCCCCAGACUCCCCAACAACUCCAGUACGGUCUCUACGCUACCGAAGGGUCAACAGCCCAGAGUCGGAGAGGCUGUCGACAGCAGCUGAUGGGCGGGUAGAGCUGCAUGAGAGGAGGUCACGGAUGGAUUUGCCUGGCUCACCGUCGCGACAGGCCUGCUCCUCACAGCCAGCUCAGAUGUUGUCAGUGGACACAGGCCAUGCUGACAGGCAGGCCAGCGGCCGGAUGGACGUGUCAGCCUCUGUGGAGCAGGAGGCCUUGAGCAACGCCUUCCGCUCGGUGCCACUGGCUGAGGAGGAAGACUUUGACAGUAAGGAAUGGGUCAUUAUUGACAAGGAGACGGAGCUGAAGGACUUCCCUCCUGGGGCUGAGCCGAGCACGUCAGGAACCACGGAUGAGGAACCCGAGGAGCUGCGGCCUUUGCCUGAGGAGGGUGAGGAAAGGAGACGUCUGGGGACAGAGCCCGCUGUCAGGCCCCGAGGGCGUGGCAUGCAGACGCUGGCAGAGGAGGACCUGCGGCAGAUGCUGCCCCAGCCUGCACCACCUCAGCUGAGCCAGGCUGAUGGCCGAUCAGAGACAUCACAGCCACCCACGCCUGGCAGCCUUUCCCACUCGCCCCUGCACUCGGGACCCCGCCCUCGACGGAGAGAGUCGGAUCCCACAGGCCCUCAGAGACAGGUGUUCUCUGUGGCGCCCCCGUUUGAGGUGAAUGGCCUUCCACGAGCUGUGCCUCUGGGCUUGCCCUACCAGGACUUCAAGAGAGACCUCUCUGACUACCGAGAACGGGCCCGACUGCUCAACAGGGUCCGGAGGGUGGGCUUCUCGCACAUGCUGCUCACCACCCCACAGGUCCCAUUGGCUCCCUUUCAGCCUCAGGCCAAUGGGAAGGAGGGAGAGGAGGAGGAGGAGGAGGAAGAGGAGGAGGAGGAGGAGGAAGAAGAAGAUGAAGAAGACGAAGAAGAGGAGGAGGAAGAGGAGGAGGAGGAAGAUGAAGAUGAAGAGGAGGAGGAGGAGGCAGGGGCCCUUGGGGAGGUGCUGGGGCCUCGAAGUGGUUCUAGCAGCGAGGGGAGCGAGCGGAGCACAGAGCGGAGCCAGGAGGGCGCCCCAUCCACACUGCUGGCUGACGAUCAGAAAGAGGCCAGGGGCCGGGCCUCCGUGGCGGAUGGGGACCUGGAGCCUGAGGAGGGAUCCAAAACGCUGGUGCUCGUCUCCCCUGGUGACAUGAAGAAGUCGCCAGUCACUGCCGAACUGGCCCCUGACCCUGAUCUGGGCACCUUGGCGGCCCUCACCCCUCAGCAUGAGCAGCCCCAGCCUACUGGAAGUCAGCUAGAUGUAUCGGAGCCGGGCACCCUGUCCUCCAUCCUCAAGUCUGAACCCAAGCCCUCAGGACCUGGAGCAGGGCUUGGGGUUGGGCUGGUGGCCACUGGUGGGCUGGUGGCAGUCACCUCCUCCCCCUUCACCAAAGUUGAGAGGACCUUUGUUCACAUUGCAGAGAAAUCCCACCUCAAUGUCAUGUCUUCCGGAGGGCAGGCCUCCAGGCCAGAGGAGUUUAGCACUGGGGGUGAGCUGGGCCUGGAGGCGCUCUCUGAGGCGGGCAUUGCAGAGGAGAGGGCCCGAGUGCCUCUGGAGAAUGGCAUGGCUUUGCCAGGGCUGGAUGGAACUGAAACCGAGAGUUGUGCCCUGUCUGGUCUUCCCGGGGAAACACCCUCAGAAGUGGUCACAGACUCAUUGCCCAAUGGCCCAGCCCUUGCUGAUGGGCCAGCUCCAACAUCCCCACUGGAGCCAGUCACCAAGAAAGGGCCCACUGUCUCCCCCAGCCGCCAUGCUAUGCCAGGCUCUCGCCCCAGGAGCCGUAUUCCUGUCUUGUUGUCUGAAGAGGACACGGGCUCAGAGCCUUCGGGCUCACUGUCCGCCAAAGAGCGGUGGAGCAAGAGGGUUAGGCCACAGCAGGACCUGGCGCGGCUGGUGAUGGAGAAGAGGCAGGGUCGCCUGUUGCUGAGGCUGGCCUCAGGAGCCUCAUCCUCCUCUAGCGAAGAGCAGCGCCGUGCCUCUGAGACACUCUCUGGUACAGGCUCUGAGGAGGACACACCUGCCUCAGAGCCCACAGCAGCCUUGCCUAGGAAGGCUGGGCGGGCACUGACCACCCGGAGCCGGAUUCCUCGCCCCAUCGGUGUGCCCACGCCUGCAGAAGGGCAGCAGCUUCCUGGCAGACCCCACGGUGCAGCCUCAGCGUCUGACUUGGCUAUCACCAGCAGGCUCCAGCUUCAGAAGCCCUCAGGGUCGGCCACUGCUGCGGACCUCCGUCCCAAACACUCCUCGAGCCGGGGUCCUGGCCCAGGUCGCGCCCAAGUCUCCAGGCCGGCAGCGCCCCGCAGUCCCGGCCUCCCCGCCGCCUCCACCGCGCGCCACCCCAGCGGGUCCCCGCGGAGCCAGUCCCUGUCCCGCAAAGAGAGCUCCUCCGCGUCGCAUCAAGCCCGGCCCGGAGCCCCUCCCCCUCGGGGGGUCCUCCAGGCCAGAUCUCAGCCCGAGGCCUCUCCAGGGCCCCCCAAGAAAGGACCCAGAGGGAAACAACCGCAGACUCAGCGCGCAGCAACCAAAGGCCGGGCGGCAGUCUCGGAGGGCCGGCCCGGGACCAGAUAAUGACAUCCGCCCGCGGCUCUCUGCGGCGCCCCCUACCCUCACCCCGGUCCCCACCCGCAGCCGGCCACACUGGAGCAGCUUCCAGCACAGCCUUACGCGCCCGCGCGCCACCGCGGCCCCAGCUUCCCGCCUGCACCCACCAGGACGCACACGUGAGCACAUGUUGCGCCCUGCAGCCCAGCCAGCCCACUGACCCCGGAGUUGGUCAGUUGUCUCGGUUCCUCUCUCUGCGUCCUCCCUCCCUCCUACCGCCCCCUCUGCAGGGACAGGCUCACCGCAGAUCCUCUGCCCCGGGAAGGCUCAGCCACUCACCGCCCCGCUUUUAGGGCCCGUCCCCUUCAUCCACCAGGUCUUGGCUGAUCUCUACGCCCCCCACCCAAGAGGUUUACAUCUGCUUACACCUCCUGCGGCCCAUCUUGUCCUCAUCCCCAUCUUCUUCAGCCUCCAACCCUACCCAACAGGAGAAACAGCCUCAAAUUCCAGAUGUGUGCAGGCUCUGGCCUGCCCACAGUCUCCUAGGAGCCAUGGUGUUCAUGGCAGGCCAAGCUGGGAUUGGGGAAGUGGGACCCGGGGGUCAUUGGCUUAUUUAGGCUUCAGGGGACACCUCUGGUCUGGCUAAAGUCGGCUCUAUGCGAAGCACAGGGCAUAUGAUUCUUGAGAGGGGGUUACUCCCGGUGCCUCUGGGGAACAGAAAUACCUUUCCUGGAUAGAAAUGAAUGGGGCCUCUAGAAGCUCGGAGCUGCCUCUCUGGGCAAGUGUCUCCCAGCGGGAACCUGGAAUGGGGCUUUAAAAAGGUUACUCACUUCUCUGGUCCUCUGGUCUAGUGCUCAGGACCCCUUACCAUCAGGAAGUCCUUCCUGCUGUCUAACCUCAAUUUUGCAUCUUCAAGUUUCAGUCAACUCUCGUCUUUCAGAGUUCCAUGCAGGUGGAGGGACUGGUUAUCACCUUCUGUGUGCUGGUCAUUUGAGAAUUCAGGGACUCGGUUCUGGUCAUCCUGCCACCUCUGCUGUGGGCAGUGGGCUGGCCUAGGCAUCCUCCUCCUCAGUGGGCAGAGGAAGCAGGAUGAGGCGAAGUGGCUCCCCGAGGCAGAAGGCCCUUCUCACUUUAGACUGUGUGUGAUGCUAGCUGGUGCCCACCCCAGCCCCACCCCAGUUCACCCUGGGCCCCUCUUGCUCUGAGCCAGCCCACACAGCUGAGAUGCUCUGUGCCUGCAUUUUGGCUUCUGCAUUAGCUCGCCCACCUCAUCAGGAGCCUCAGCUGCUAACAUCUGGGGCAAGCGUCACUCUGGCUGCAGAAGGGACAGGCAGCAGCCCCUCCUAUCUGGGGCAGGGACUCCCUGCAGGCCUCCUUUAAAGCACUCCCAGCCUCCAUCCCCCGUUCUGGCCCUCCUGUCCUUCCCUGAGCCACAGAGAGCAAACCAAGACAUUCAGAUGAUGAGGAAGAAAGGCAGGCCGCGGUGUGCCAGCGGUCCGGCCGCAUCUGUACCCAGGAUGACUGACCGGAAGCAGCUCGGUGCCCGCUGAACUCCUCAGGGGGGUCAGCAGGUCUGGCCAGUUGCUUCCACGGGAAGAAGGCAGCUCUGCAGACCAGCCCGGGGAGGACAUCAGGGUGGAUAGUCUUUGAGGUCUAUCCCACGCUGUGCAGAAGCUCCCAGAACACUCAGGAAACCUCUCGGAUUCAGUUAUCUUUGUCACCCCGAGGCUCCCCUCUAACUGCCCUCUAGUCUAGCAGAGGGGUAGAGGGCCCACUUCCUCCCACCCAGAGCUUUUAUGAAUGACAAUCAGCUCAUGCCAGGUGGGGACCAGGGCAUGACCCCUGGUGCCCAGGCCCUGGGCCUGCUCCUUGCCACCAACCGAACCAUGAAUGUAGGGCCCCCCUCAGUCUCAUUUCUGCUCUAGGACCAACAACACUUUGGUUUGGAGAUGGGAGGAAAGGGAGGCCUGAGAAAGCCCCAGGCUCACCCCACCCCCAGCUUCAGCCAGCACUUGAGCUGGCACAGAUGUAAAACCCAGUCUACCCUUGUGACUCCAGACCUCCACAGGGCUCCAACCAACCUCAGGCCUCUGCGUCAAUAGUGUCAUCAGGCUAGGGGGAAGGAGGGACUGAGGACCAGCAGAGGUGAGUGGUGAGGGGGCCAAGUGGCUCCUCUCUCCAGGAAGGAACCAGGGCAGAGGGCACCACAUCUCCCAAUGCCCACCCCUCACCCCCAGCUGAAGCCCUUUCUUGAGAAUCAUCCAUCCUUUGUGCUAGGCCCUUCAGGUUCCUACCCCUCCUCUAUGAGAGUAUCACACCACCACCACCAUCCCUCAUGUCCCAAUCCUUUCUGCUCAUGUCACUGGCUCAGAUGUGGGGUGUGUUCACCUUAAUAUGCCUCCCCCCACCCAGUCGUACCGUGUGCAGAGGGGUGCAGGAGAAGGGCCCUGCCCCAGGCACAUGGCUCUCUGGCUUCCCAGCUCCUCCUGAGGGGCCCAGCCUGCUCAGUCUCCUGAGCCCCUUGGGCAGGUGUUAGGGGACAGGGAAUUCCCUCCCCCUCCCUGGGAAGCAACAGAAGAAUGUUUACAUGCCAAACAGAAUGUAACAGCCCUUGGCCACCCCUCCCAGUCACUGCAUGGCCUCUGCCCACCCUGUGACCGCCCACCCCCCUGACACCAACACCUUGGAAGAAGCUGUCACAACCAGAUGGGGUCUCCAAAGGGAAGUAGCCAUUACACCAUUAAAAAGCCUGUGGACCUUUC